AUGGCUCUUCAUUCCAUAGAAGACAGUCAGUCUUCAAUAACCAGGUCAUUGCAGGUCAUUAACUCGAUAAAUUGUGUGAUCAGAGAACUCGUUGAGAACUCUAUAGACGCUUUAUCCACUCAAAUUGAAAUAAAAGUCUACAACGGUGGAGCCGAUCUGAUACAAGUUUCUGAUAACGGAUCUGGGAUUUUGGAGUCUGACUUUGAACUCCUCGCCUCGAAGCACACGACCUCUAAAAUUAAGAGGUUCGAGGACCUCUUUUCCUCACUUACGACAUUCGGCUUCAGAGGGGAAGCCCUGUACUCACUAUGUAAUUUGAGUUCCCUGGAAGUUGAGACCAGAGUUGAGUCAAGUGACCUCGGAUGGCACCUUAAAUAUGAUUCAUAUGGCAAUUUAGUAUCAAAGAAUCCAGUGGCAACGAAUGUUGGAACGUGUGUAAGGGUUAGAGGUCUCUUUAAAGACUAUGCAGUUAGGCAAAGACUUCUGGUGAAGAACUCUAAGAACCAGAUUUCAAAAGCAGUAUCGCAAAUUCAGCAGUACUCACUGAUUAACCCGAAUAUUGGAUUUAAGUUCACCUCAGUGUCGAAUAACACCAUUUCGACUCUGUUCUCGACCUCAGGAUCUAACGAAAACAUAAGGUCGGUGGUUGAACAGAUCUUUGGGCAAGAUUUUGCGUCAAAGCUGAUAGACUUUUACAUGGCAGACAACAGGUGGAGGAUCGAAGGACUCAUAUCUAGCCCGUAUGUUGAGAGAGGCUCAAGGGACCUUGAGUAUUUUUAUAUUAACAAGAGACCGAUAGCGAAGACGACGAAGUUUAAGAACUCAAUAGCAGCAGUAUUCAGCCACUUCUCAAGUAGGCCGAGGCCAUCGUUUAUACUGAAUUUAACAAUAGAUUACGAUAAGGUGGACAUAAACCUGUCCCCGGAUAAACGCUCAGCGUUUCUGUUGUCAGAAGAUUACAUAAUCAGAGCAUUCAAAAAUAAAUUGUACGAAAUACUGAAGCCGAAAAAUUUUAGCUCAUCGCAAGUACACUCUCAAAUUUUGACACAGUACUUAUCGCAAUCAGAUGCGGUUGCAGCUGAAAGGGCUGGAGAAGUAUCUCCAUUAACAGUUCCUGAGGUAAAGAGUGAAUCGGAUGAAGAUGAAAGUCAAAAUAAGAGAGAAUUGGAAGAAGAUAAGUCUCAGAAUGAACCCAAAAGAGCAGCAUUGGUAGAUGACAUUGUGGCUACAGAUGAUGCAGUGAAGAAUGAAAUACAGUCAGAUACCUCUGAAGACACAGGUAGUUCACCCGAGAACACAUUGGCGGAGUUCCUCGAUAACGCCGAAGAUGAUGAUGAUGAGGAUGUAGACAGUGAGCUGCUUGAAAUAAAGGAGGAAUUGCUGUACGGAGAUGAUAAGCCGUUCAUACCAUACGAGAACUCACAGCAACUGAUGGAGCCACUGGAUAUCAACAAGGAUGGGCUGGACGACCACAACUUCCUGGACCCGCAGGUAUUCAGGAACAUGAAGCUGGUGGGACAAUUCAACAACAGCUUCAUAAUCACUAAGUUAAACUUCCCAGGAGUUAACUCGGAGUUUAACUACUCUAUAUAUAUCAUAGACCAGCACGCAGCGGACGAAAAGGCAAAGUUUGAAAACUUAAACAAGUCAGUGAAGAUAAAUAAGCAAAGAUUAAUAAACCCGAAGUUGAUAGAACUAUCGCCGUUUCUAACACAGGUGGCGGAACAGCACUUGGAUUUGCUGAUUCUGAACGGAUUUGACACAACAAUCAGCAAGGAAACUGAGCUGGUGAUGUACAAUGACCCUGAAAUUAAAAUGUCAGUCGGAUCCCAAGACCACAUGGCAAAGGGAAUAUACGUGCACACGUAUCCGCAGGUACUAGGGAGAGUACUGGAGGAAGAUGACCUGAUCGACUUCAUAAACCAACUGUCGAGCACAGAGGAAGUCGAGAAGGCGAACUCGAACGAGUAUAUUUGGGGAACGGGCUCGAUUCCCAGACCACAGAAGGUGUGGAAUAUAUUGGCAUCGAGGGCGUGUAAGUCGUCAAUAAGACUGGGGGAUCCACUGUCAAAUGUGCAAAUGAAAACCGUCAUUAGGAACCUGUCGCUGCUAAUACACCCGUGGAACUGCCCACACGGAAGGCCUUCCAUAAAAUGCCUGAUCUCACAUAAUCAGUUGGACAGCCUACUCAACAGAAACAAGUAG